AUGGACUGGACGGGCGGCACGCGUCGUCGUUAUGCAAACAGAGGCAAAGCAUCUCAAGCCGUUGUGCAGAGACAGUGGGCCCAUUUCGCCAGAGCCCGGGCCAAAAAUCAAUCUCAGGCGCCCAGUAUACCAGAUUUCAUGCAAGAUGCUCUCGCUUCAAAGCAGAGUCAGCCUCUCGUGACAUCGUCGCACCAUCCGGCCUUCAACAGCCAUGAUCGUGCUCCUGAGAGUCACGGGAAGAUGCCUCGCAGCGAGAGGUCGUCGCGUCUUCAUCAGACGCGUGAUGACAGGAAAGGACGUGUCGACGCCCCGAUAUCUUCCCGUCACCAGCCGUCUGCUGUCUCUCAACACACACAGCCAGAUCCGGUUGCAGGGCGUGACUUUCCGCCUCAACUGACAGAAGAAGAGCAGCUACUGCUAGCUAACCGCAGACGUCUCCUUGCCCGCGACGAUUGGCUGGGCCUGGCAGCUUCUCGUCCCGCAAAGUUCAGGUUCCCUUCUCAUCGAGACAAGGACAGAAUCGGCAAGCGACGAAAGAUUGACAAGCCUCGUCUCAAUCAAACCGAGCAUACGGCGCCACCACCCCCACCAAGUCCGUUCCGCGAGAGGCACCGACCGUUUGGUGCUUUGAUGAGUGGUGCGCUCCAGCAGGAAGACAUCAAUGUCGAGAUUGGGACCGGAGCAUUCGAUAGUCAGACACAGUACACGCGUCCGUCUGCGCUACCUGCAAAUACUAGCAUGCGCCGGCCGUCCACCGACGUUCUAGCCUUGUCCGAACAGUCCAUGUUGAUGGAUGUGGACGAUCAUGGUUUCGCGAUAGAGAAUGAUGAGGCCGAAGUCAAGUGUUCGAAUACUGGAGACGGCAUCUUUGCGCAGGAUCCGUGGGCCCAUCAAGCCACUUCAUUGUACACGCAGACUCAGGAGGACGUUUUUGACUACGAAUACCAAGCUAACGACUACAGAGGCCACAGGCCUGACAAUUUGAAUGGAGCUGACCCACGAGAUCAAUACGAUUGGAAUGAGACGCCGGGGUUGCCGCCACAGCACCAUGAAGCUCCUAGUGAAGGUGGCUCAGAAGGCGUCAUUGCCGUGACGAAACUACCUCAGUCGGCGCACGCUGAACGAGAGCAGCACCAAGAGAGAUCUGAAGACGAGGACGACCAAGUUUUCCAACGACUCGAGCAGUACGGACAAUCCGGGUAUGAGAAUACGUCGAUGGUGCCUCUGCAGUCAUCAGCUUUGCGCUUGCCACCAUCUGGCGUCCUGUCGGGGUUGUCACAGCUCACUGGAAGACGGGCAAUGCCGGAUUCUGGGGCUCAGCUGCAUAACGCACCAGACAACGGACACGGUGCCAGAGAUGAUGCGCCAUUCGAAUCAGCCUCUGAGGAGUUGCUGGAUGAUCGAGAACACCAUUUUCAAGAAAGUGCUCCAUCACAUCCUAAUGCCUCGGCAUCUCAAAGCGCGCAAGACGUCCCAGCUGGGUCGGGGGAACUCUUCAAAUACUACGACAGCACUACCAAUGACGAAGAGCUUUGGAAAGCUUUCGUGCUUGGUGAUACUGAAAGCGAAGUCUCCGAGUCUGCGCGUGCUAAAUCAGUCUGGGAAGAGAAUGAUACUAUUUCGCCACUGGAAGAGACUUCUUCUCAGGAGACUGUCAAGGAGGAUAUCUGUUCUGAUAAAGCUACCGUUGGCAAUUCUGUCUUCCAUUAUAGGGACCGCUCGUCAGGACAUGCCUCUUCGACCGAUCUAGCACAAGGUCACGGCGCUUCAACACGUCGCAGGCUAGGCACCUCUAUGAUCGGGCAUGCGGCUACAGCACACUACGAAGAUGAAGACAUUCAAGGGAUUGGGAACUUGCCUUCGGAUGAAGCCCGCUCCUUGACAAGCGGGAACAUACAUGCGUCUUCAGCCUUGACGGCCGACCCGAAGCGAUUUUCGAAGCCAAAAAAUAAGCAUCAUCCGCCGCCUCACAGUGCUACCCGAUUUUUGCCUUUGAAGAGGUACGUAUCGUAG